AUGUUACUUACGUUCGUCAUCGAAAUCCGGAUACAAUCUGCAAUCUGCGACCUGCAAACCUGCAAUGACAACUCCAAUUCAUUGAGUUGCGCUGUUGCAAAAACUGCGGGUCCUGGAACUGCGGGUCCUGAAACUGCGGGUCCAGGAACUGCAGCCUCCGAGCCUGCAGCUGGACCCUUCUCCAACCUGGUGGCGGAGGAAAACACCCAGAGAGCGCUGGACCGGGCCGUGAGGGGUGAAAGAGUGUCUAAAAGAGUGUUCCUGCAGCUUUCUCAGUCCCUGUCUGCUCAGGGAUACAGCAGAACCGCUCAGCAGUGCCGACAGCAGCUGGAGCAGUUAGUGAGCCAGUACCACGAGGUGAAGGACCACAACAGCUGCCCGGGCUCCAGCAGCAGAACCUGGACCUGGCUGCAGCAGAUGGACCACAUCUAUGGACGGAGACCGAGCAGCAACGGGAGGGAGAACGGGCUGGACUCGGCCUCGUUCCGGCUGGAGACUCUACCCGAGGACGGCGGCCUUUCCCAGAGCGGAGCGUGUCCUGCAGCUUCCCUCUCUUCCUCUUCCUCCUCUUCUCCCCCAGCACGUCCGGCCUCCCCAACACCAUCACAGCUGGUCAUUUAUCCACAGCAAGUAAUGGCUGGUAAAAGAAAAAGGACCUCCCCCACAUCAGAGCUCGUCGAUGCCCUCCAAGAGUGCAACCGGAAUGACCAGGUCCUGCUAGCCCAGCGGGAGAGACAUUUCCAGAUGCGUCUCGCUGAUGCCCGUGAGGACAGGGAGCACCAAGCGGCACUACAACGAGAACACCAAGCGGCACUACGAGAACUACAGGAUGUGCAGAUCCAGGAGAACGAACGAUUCAACCAAGGUUUUCUUGCUGCGCUGGACCGGCUUGUCACGGCGUUGACUGGGCAACGUAAUGGCAACUGAAACAUGCCAUUGACCAUUUGUGGAUUUUAGAUAUCAGUCUAAAGUUGUUUUUUUUUUUUUUUUUUUUUGUACUGUUUUUCCAUUUUUUUAUUGGAAAGUUUUUAUUGCACAUUUUUGUAAAUACUAUUUUUUUUUUUUUUUCCAGUUUUUGGUUUACAUUUUUUCCAGUUUUUUGUUUAUAUUUUUUCCAGUUUUUUAUUGAACAUUUUUUUUAU